AUGUGGAAUCUCUUGAGUUCGUCUUUUGAUCUCGCUCUCUUCCUGAUUCUCAUUUUGGGUUAUACCAGUAAUAAUAUCAUGCUUGCUAAUAAAGGUGUGUCACUUGAAAAUGACUUCUACCCAUUUUACGGCGAAUAUGGUAGCGAAAUUGUGAUCUACUGUAGUACUCAUCAUGACUCUAAUGGUUCAGCUCAUCUACGCUUUUAUAGAAAUUUGGGAUCUGGCAAAUAUGAGAAGAUUGAAAAUAAGAAUGGUGUCUAUGUCUUAAAAAACUUCCGAAAGCGUGCUUUGCUGAAAAUUCAGAAUGUAACUAUGAAUGACUCUGGACUCUACCACUGUGCCGACGAUUUGAAGCAUGAAAAGUCGUUUGUUCUGAAAAUCUUGAAAAUUAAGGUUCGGCGUAAAAUGGAACCCUCAAAAAUGGUUCUAAUUUGCACCUUACUGGGUUUCAACGAGAACCCACCCAGCCUUCAAGUAGAAUGGUUCUAUCGGGGCACCCGACUAAAAAAACUGAAUCUUCAACAUACGUCGAAUCUCGCUACCGCUGAUACUUCAAAUGGUCUCAAGGAUGGUUUGAGAUAUCAAUUUAAAUUGACUGACGUUCAGAGUACACUGUCUCUGUCUAAUCCAGACGUCAAUGAUUUUGGACCAUACACUUGUGCAUUCCAUCUGCCCACUAAUAAAGGCUCCUUCGUCAUAUCUGCUGACAGCUAUGAUAACGUGGCUACCUCAAGCCCACAACCUACCAACGGUGACCACUAUCCUUAUUACGCCGAGGGCACUGACCUUGUUUUCCCGUGUUCGGGCUCGGCUAAUGAUCACUUCUCAUUCUAUUGGCUGAGAACUGGUGGCCGAAUUUUGCUGUCAGCCAAUGAGGAGAGAGUUCUUAUCACCACCUGCAUAGAGGAAAAUACAAACCUCCUGUCGAAAAGAUUGACAAAGAAGAAUUUAGUUUUGACUGACACCGGCCAGUAUGAAUGUUCAACGGACGAUAAGAAACAAACUUAUGUCAUUUCUGUAACUGUGCUGAAAAGUACCAAGCGAGAUAUAGUCUACCCUCAGGACAAUAGUUCAAUGUUGCUAAUUUGUGAUUUAGAUGGUUUCGGUGCAAACCCGCCUUCCUCAAUAGUUGCUUCAUGGUUCCUUAAUGAUUCCUUGAUUUUUAAAAUGGUUCCUAACGGUAACCAAACUAAAGUGAAGGGUUCACAUCAAUUUAAAUUCGACGGCAUUACUAUGUCUAUGAAUUUAACUAAAUUAGCAGACAAGGAGAGUUUUGGCGUGUACAAGUGCAGUUUCACCGUUCCCAGUAGUAAAGGGUCGGUGCAUAUCUGGGAUGAAUUUAAUAUCACAGACAUUCCGAUCACUAAACUCCCAAAAGGCCAGUGGACUGAUCAAAAAUUAGUAUUAAUUGUUGUAUUCCUGGCCAUAUUCCCGGCUUCUAUAGCGACCUUAUUGGUGUUAUUUUUGUGUAAAAAAUGUUCAAAGCCACUGUCCUUUCCAGAUAUGCCAUUGUUUGGUAGGAAGUCUCAGUCCUAA